AUGGCCUCACCUCUGAUCCGCACAAUCCAAACUGCCUGUCUCGGCUUUGGUGAUGUUUUGAAAAAGAGACCUGAUGUUAAGUUUGUACUUGUCCCAUUCGCGCAAGAAAUCGCCAACCAGCCUUGUGACAUUGGCUAUCCACAAGCAGAACUCAAGCAGAAGAUCGCAGCGUGGUUAGACCAAGAAAACCUUGGCUUUGGAGUUGAGAGAUUGGACUGGAGUCUGGUUGAGGAAGGCUGGAACUCUAAAGCUGGACCUUAUGCUGCCUCUCUCGAAGCUGUUUCGGGACGCGCCGCUGCUCUUCGCGCAACUCUGUAUGCUUGUCCCUCGGAAGCCGUCAUCUUGGUCACCCAUGGCGCUUUCUUACAUUUCUUCACCGGUGAUUGGGCUUCUUUCGAUGGUUCCAAGGGAACCGGUUAUGAGAAUUGCGAGUUCAGGAAGUUCACCUGGGAAACCGAAGAUGGUCAAGGUAUCCAUUUGAAGGAAGUCGGUGGUGCAAAAAUCAAGAUGGGAAGGCCUCCGGGUGUGUAUGCCCACGUUCUCGAGGGUAUUGAGCAGGUGGAAGGACAGAAUCCUAGACACAUCAAGGUUGGCAACGGCAAAAUCUGA